AUGGCACUUAUGUCAGUCCCCAACUGUGCCCUACCAUCACUGAUAGGAAGCAGAUUAUGCACAGACCAAAUCAACACCUCAAGGAUCAUUACUGAUCAAUCCUUGGAAUACUGGUCUCCAUUGUAUCUGGAUUUUGCUGACUUUGAAAAAGCCUUUGAUAGGGUGCAGCAUGAAGCCAUCUGGAAAACAAUGCAGAGUUACAGAGUACCUCCAAAGAUCAUCAGUAUCAUGAAGAUGAUGUACAGAGAAUAUAAUUGCCAGGUGAAACAUGAUGGAAAUCACUCAGAACCAUUCAUUUUAAAUUUGGAGUAA